CUUGAAUGAUGGUCAUCUUCUUCAACAUGUUAUAAAGUCUUGGUGGAAAAUUAUAAGGUAGUCAGUGCAAAGAGUGGUGCUUUCAUGUAUUGACAUAAUGUUCAUUGCUAAGAUUAACGUUUGGAUGCUGAUAUUUCUUUGUAUCGGAAAAGUGAGAAGUACAGAAACCGAGGCAAAAGAAGAUCUAGUCCAAUCGGAAUCGAAAGAUGGAACAUUGGAAAUCAUCAAGCAAAUCAAGAAAGUGAACAACGAUGGUUCUUACACCGUGGGAUAUGAAGCUGACGAUGGUUCUUUCAAAAUAGAAAGUAGGGAUGUAUUGGGCAAUAUAAAAGGCACGUAUGGUUACAUAGAUGAUACAGGAAAAAUCAAAAGAGUUUCAUACAGUUCCACAAAUUCUACAGAUAUCGUGCAUCACGUUGAAGGAGAUUCUGUUGUCCAAAGAAUUCCAAAGCACAAUAGAACGUUUGUUUCUUCUACAACGAAUCGACCCUACCAUUCAACAACUACUGCUUCAAGUAUACAGAAUCUUGUAAAGAAAAAACACAAUAUAGUCAGCUCUACAACCAACAGACCUACGUUUGAUGAUUCGGUCAGUAAAAGUACAACACGAACCCAUUUGGUAUACGCUACAACUCCACGUAGUAGAUUUUUGUUGAAAUCUUCUGAUGAUUCCCAACACACUAAACAGGAAGGUCAGUUGGCUCGUCCUGAAGAAUUGGACAGACCAACAGAAAUUCCACUGUUUCGACGACUAGCUGCGAAUCAUCCUGCAACUGAAAUUAAACCUGUGACUGAAGAACCUGAACUGAAAAGCAAUAUACUCCGUCGACAAUUACCAAGAGAAAAUGACUACGAUCCGCAUCAACAUAUUCACAACCUUCAACAAUCGAUUGGUAGUGAUUCUCCUGACGUUUAUAGUGCCUCAAUGACUACAGGAACUCCUAGACCUCUUUUUACAACAACUUAUCGUCCAAUCAGACUUUCAAGUACUACCUCACCUAUCAGAAGAGCUACGGUUAGAUAUCCGAAGAAUUUGCAAGCAUCUGCCCAGCAUAAGGAAGAAACUACAACUUCCACUGAACAGGAAGAGUCCAAUGAGCAGCCUGCUGUAUCUGAACCUACACCUACAACUGUGCCUGUUGUACAAAUACCUGCAAAUAGAGCACAACCAGAAACUUUAGUAGCUUUAAGACAUCCAUAUCAAAGAAAUACGGUAUUAGUUCCUCUGAGUCAUAUUCAAAGGAGACUAGUUCCAUUUGCGUCUCCUAGAGACAUCAAUGACAAUAUUCAGGGAUAUGUACCUCAACUAGAGCAGUACACAGGAGAACCCACAUCAAAUCCUGUUUAUAGUCAAGAAGCACCUAGACAUGAAUAUGCAAGGCGUUUGUCUCCUCUAAGACCGAUGCCAGUUCAAAUAGACGAAAAUGGUUACGUAAGGGAGUACCCACAGCAAUCCCUGCAGCAAAAAUUUGUAGCCGUACCAAUUCCUGUUUCUCAGAGAUAUCUGCAAGAGGUUCCGUCCAAUAGUAUCGAAAAUAUUCAACCUCCAGUUAGCAUCAGAGAUUUUCAGAUAAUACUCCAGCAAUUAGAACUCAGACAAAAACGGCUAGAACGUCUUCACGAACUCACCGAUCCCAGAAGAAUCAGCGAAUAUCAGCAAAAGAGGAAUUUUGAACCGAACCAGUACUAUCGUCGUUUUGCGCCAAAUACCAAUCAGGUUGUACAAUUCGUUCCUAAUCAAGAUGCACAGGGUAGAAGACAUUAUGACACACUUCGUAACCGCGAACUUCCAUAUCAAGAUUCUCAAAAUCAGUAUGAAGAUGAACAAUUCGCACAAUCAUAUGUACCAACAAAAAGGGUUGCAAGACUGUUGAAGAACACGGGUGAGCCGUCGGAUGAUGAGGAGUAUUUACCAGCUGAUAUAAGGGAAAUGCUCUUGUUGAAAAUGCUGCAACUGGCAGUCAAUCCAGCAUUACCUCCAGAUAGUGAAGAGUCUGGUAGCACGAAUAGUCCUGUAAAUUAUUUUAAGAAAGAUCCAUCUAGAAAUGUUGAAAUAUUGGGUGAAGAGCAGGAACAAUCAAGAAGACCAUCAAGAGUGAAGAGAUUCAAAGAAGCAGACGAUUUAGAAUAUACCGAAUGAAAUUGACACAAACAAAAACCAGAGAAAUGUUAUUUUUAUAUAUUUUUUUAUGUAUAUAUAUUUUAUUUUAUUAAUUUAUUAUUAUUAUCAAAAUCAACCAACGUGAGAACCAGCCGUUUGACGAUCAUUUCAUUAUUUCCAAAAAAAAAUUUCAUUGGAAUUAAUUAUUAAGUGUUGAUAUCAUUUUUGAAUCUUAUCAUAAUCAUCUGCUGAAAGUGAAAAAAAUUUCAAUAUUCUUGACUCUUCAAAUUUCCACUGUUUGUAUCUCACAUAGUGUUAUUCAAUACUGAUGAGAAUUGCCACAAUUUUCACUCUGUAUUGUUCUUCCAAGUUGCAUAACUAAGAUAAUUGUCGACUACCAAAGAUGUGAACUGAAUUUGUGAGAAAACUGUUACCGCUGUUUCCUAACGAGAAGAAUGUUCUAUUAUUUUAAUAAUAAAACAAUAAUGAAUA